GUGACAGAAACUUUGCCAAAUAUAGCCGCCAACCACUUUGCAUGCCCCUGCGUACACGGUGCACAUCCGUCCUCAGCAUUUUCGGUCAUUAUCCCAACACCGCAACGGAAGGACGAGUUCUACUAACCAGCACUGGUUAUUUGCUUGCUAGCAACACCCAUGAUAUCUUGAGCUGCGUGGCUUUGUCGUCUGCGCUUUCAGCAUGGAGCAGGCCGACAUCAAUCUUAUCAGCAGCCUGGCAGAUGAUUUGAACCUGGACACCGCAUGGGAGCUGAGGGCUGUCACCGCAUUCGCCAAUGCGGCGCCUGAACACCGCGCGUACAUUCGCGGUCACUCGCAAAAGCGCAAGCAGGUGGACCUUCUAAAUGAGCUCAUGCAAGGCGCGGCGGCAAGGCCGGGCUCACAGAGCACGGGAGCUGGAGGCGCGACCUCCGUGGAAGAGGUAUCAUUCAGCAGCGUGAGGUCGACGGCAUGGAAGCGCAUUAGCACGUUGGUGGGAGUAUCUUUAGUGCCCACCUCUCAGGCGCCACUGACAGCGCCGCCGGCCAACGCCACCAUGCCUUUCACGUGGGGGCAAUCAACUGAGAGCAGCACCACCAACCGCACGGCGGCGAUGGAGUACCUCAAAGACAUCCUGGGGACGCCAGCCGGGCAGGCGUAUAUCGAUUGUGCCUCCACGAAGACCCUGUUGAGCUGCCAGCUGCCUGGGACGGGUUACAGCCUCAGGGGCUCUGCCGACAUCGCCAUCUGCACGUCUGUGGCUGUGGAGGCCAACGUCCCAGCGACCGGCCUGCAUGUGCUGUUCGAGGUGAAGAAGACAAAGGGCGCAUUCAACACCUUCCAGCUGGCCGCGAAGCUGCUCGCCGCGCACGUGUGGACCUCUGGCCUGCAGCCCAUCGCCGUCUUGACCGAUCUGAUGGAUGAAUGGUGCCUGAUGUGGCCAGCAGCGGAGAAGGAGUUGAAGAUGUACACCUGCAGAGACCGUGCGGAGGCCGUCGGCAUCCUCAGGGCUUUCCUGGACAAGGAUGUCCUCUCGGCGGACAGCACCCACAUCGUGCACCCGCAGCAGCAGGACGCCGCCGCCAGCGGGCGGGGCGCAGCGGAGACGGAGGCGGAGGCAGGCGGGCUCCUCAAGCGCCGGCGGCUGCAAAUGGGCGCGGGCUCGGGUGCCGGCGCUGACGUGGCCAACCUGAAUGACCUGCUGGACUUCGGCGGCGACCUGGGCCUGGGCGAGGCGGACCUCCACCAGCUGCGCAGCCGCAUGCAGCUGGAGGCGCUGCUGCAUGUGGCAGCGCCGGUGUUCAGAGCAGCAGCAGCAGCAGCAGCAGCAGAUGGCAGCAGUCGUGCGGAGGCGGUGGCGGUGGCGGGAGAGGAGGAGGAAGCAGCCUUUCCCGCCAUGUGCUCGUGAGGGUGCACGCGGGCUGGCCCGCUGGGCCGGUUACUUGCCGUGCCGCCCUGCCGCCCAGGUUGCGGCGACUGUAGAUAAAGCAGCGCUUUAGUAAUGCAGCCGUGUGCACGCCAGGCCAGCUCAUUUGCUUUUGAGACAGCCUGGCAGGAGUUGGACCAGCAAGCUGUGGUCCGCGUGCCGUGCACCGGUAUGAAGCGGCAGCAGCGGCAGCAGCGGCAGCAGCGGCAGCAGCGGCAGCAGCGGCAGCAGCGGCAGCAGCGGCAGCAGCAGCAGCGGCAGCGCCAAGCAGGCAAGCGCAAGGCCGGCGGCGGCGCCACCGCCACCGCUGCUGGCAAGCGCAAGGCCGGCGGCGGCACCACCGCCGCCGCUGCUGCCAAGCACAAGGCCGCGGUAGCGCCAUCGCCACCGCUGCUGGCAAGCGCGAGGGCGGCGGCGGCGUAACGCGUAACUGGCGGCGGCGGCGACGCACCCCUUCCGCACACCUGCUGUGCGCGAAACACGCAGACGCCUACCUUACUGUUCACCUCGACAUGGUACCCGUUAUCAAACACAUGCAUGGUUCCUGGCGGGUGCGGGUACGUGUGGCCUCCCCUGAGGUGCAAGGGCGGCUCGCUCGGGCCCUAGCCAUAACACGAGCAUAAGGCGGGCUCCAGGGUCGCGAUGGGCCGUCCCUACUCCUAGCAGUUUUAGCCAGUGUAUUGUUUGGUGGCGGGCUUGAGUCGUCCUUGGGUGUGUGAUGGGACAGGUUUUGGCAGGUUGGUGAAGUCCCGUAGGAUGCAGCUGAUUCCCAGACCCUAACAGAUGGCAAACAGUUGGCAACGGCAGUGCAGGGCGCGGCAAGGCAGACUAGGGAGCCCGACGAGUGCACGGCGGAGUGGCGGGCGAGCCGGAUGCGAGUGUGAGACAAACACAACCGCAGUGUGAGGAAGCGCAGCGGGUUGGAAUUGGGAAUAUCGCGACUGAUGUUCGGGGUAGAGCUGCGUCGCGCGUCCUAAGGACCGAGUGCGGUUAUUAGCGGAAGGUUUGCUGGCGUCGCACGCUAAAGCUGGCGUUGGAGUGUGAACACAGUAGGCAGACAUACGGUAUAGCAUGGAGGUGUCAAGCUGGCAGUGGAGACGCUGUGACGGCGGUGACGGCGGGUGCAAUCAACUGGCGAGUGUAACUGGCGCGGUCA